UGUCGUAAAGUUGGUGGUUGGUGUUGCUUGGCUUGCUUGCUUUCUUUACUUUGCUUGUACGCGCGUCGUCGGUCAUUUGGAUUGUUUAUCUGAAAGAACACUUACCCGCAUGACAUACCAAUUUGAAAAAUAAACUCUAGUGCUCGCAACAAAUACAAAGAAACCAUAAACCGUGCCAACAAUUCGUGGAUGUACAGAAAUAUGUGAAAGUGACAGUCGCAAAUCGACUUCGUUUUUUGUGUGAUUAUAAUGUUAUUUCGCAUAUUUUCAAGUACCGCCAGUUAAUAUUGUUUAGUGGACACCAGAAAUGUUACAAUUGCGGUAUCUUUCGCGUAUAGAGGACACCUGAGCGUCGUCAUUAUGUACGAUGCGGGAUAGACGGGAAGUAUAACGUUGCCAUCAGGUCGAACUUGGGUAUAAUGCAACACGAGUGCUUGCCGGACGGGGCCAGGAGCAGGUACGAGCGGCGGAAGCCGACGAAGGUGCUGAAGAUAGCGGAGAGUUUCACGAACUUGGAUGAGACGGCUAAGGCGGGACGUUACGUGCGGGGUCCCCAUUCGAAACUCGGGCGCAGAUUCCGUGAGCAAGAGAAUGGCGGGAGGACUAGACGCGCAGUGUGUUGUGAUGAUGAUGAUUGUGAUAAGGAGUCCAGUGUUAGUGAGGAGUCGGAGAGACUCGGUGACCGGAGGGUGACGGGCUCGUCGUGCACGGCGCUACGGACGGCCGUGGCUGCUCUGUACCCCUUCGACGACUUCAUCCUGGAGAAGGUCGGCUCCGGCUUCUUCUCAGAAGUUUUCAAAGUGACCCACAAAACGUCUAGCAAGGUGAUGGUGUUGAAGAUGAACCAACAGCGGGCGAACAGGCCCAACAUGCUCCGGGAGGUGCAGUUGAUGAACAAGCUCAAACACCCCAACAUCCUCGGAUUCAUGGGGGUGUGCGUACACGAAGGUCAACUCCACGCACUCACGGAGUACAUGGAGGGUGGUUCACUGGAGCAGCUGAUCCUGAGCCGGCCGCCGCUGCCGCUGCCGCAGCCGCUACGCGUCUCGCUUGGGGCCGACGUCGCCGCCGGCAUGAAGUACCUGCACUCACUCGGAGUCUUCCAUAGGGACCUUACUACUAAGAACGUAUUGUUAAGAAAGCACGGCGACGAUAGCUACACGGCCGUUGUGGCUGACUUCGGCUUAGCCGCCAAAAUACCUCAUCCUGUUAACGGCUACCGGCUGCCGAGCGUCGGCUCUCCGUGGUGGAUGUCGCCCGAGUGCCUGCGCGGCCGCUGGUACGACCACCGAUCCGACAUCUUCUCCUACGGGAUCAUCCUGUGCCAGCUGAUAGCCCGGGUGGACGCCGACCCAGACGUCCUGCCGCGCACGGACAACUUCGGGCUCAACUACAUGGCGUUCGUGGAGCUCUGCGACGAGGACACCGUGCCCGACUUCCUGCGCUUGGCUUUCAACUGCUGCAUUUAUGAACCUAAGGCGCGGCCGCUAUUCCCCGAAAUAGUGAGCAAGCUAGCCGAAGUCAAGGAGGGACUGGACGACGCCGCCUGGGGCUGCCACACGCCCAACAACUCCUACGAGAGCGAGGAGGCGGAGUCGUCGGGCCCGCGCUCGUGCCCCGGCGCGUACGGCUGGCGGCGCGGCGCGCGCUACCGCUCCGAGGGCAGCCCGCACCACGCUAGAUUACAACACCGGCGCUCCCUGUCGGAGCUGGAAUGGUGCGCAGAGGCGGGCGGCGCCGGCACCGCGCCCGCGCACCGCUCGGCCUCCGCACUAGCGGGCGUGGGCCGAGCGCCCGCCAGGCUCGCGCGCCUGCACCGGCUCGCGCACAUCAUGCUGCUGCGAGACACCCACGCUGCACCGCACCCAGCACGCACCAAGCUGGCUACCUUCCGCGGCGUUAAGAAGAUUCUGGAACCGCCGCGAGCAGCGCCGCCUUUUGCGUCGUGUCUGGAAUUGCCCUCGCCGCUGGCUCGUGACGACGCGCUGUCAGAUGAUGAGCCGCGGUGCGCGUCAUUGCCCUCCUCACCAGCACUACUCGGGCGCUCCCGCGCCGCUCGUCUUUUGUUUCAAACACACGCCGCGCCGCAUCCAGCCCGCACAAAGCUGGCCACCAUCAGGCUCGCGCGCCUGCACCGGCUCGCGCACAUCAUGCUGCUGCGAGACACGCACGCGGCGCCGCACCCAGCGCGCACCAAGCUGGCAACCUUCCGCGGCGUCAAGAAGAUUCUGGGACCGCCAAGAGCUGCGCCGCCUUUUGCGUCGUGUCUCGAGCUGCCGUCGCCGCUGGCGCGCGAUGAUGCGUUGUCGGACGACGAGCCGCGGUGCGCGUCAUUGCCCUCCUCACCAGGUCAGUGCCCUUACGCCGAUGUCUCCACCACAGCUAUCAUUUGUCAGGGUAUGACGUCACACAUUACUCGGGCGCUCACGCGCCGCUCGUCUUUUGUAUCGAACGUGCGCGGCACGUAA